AUGCGAACCUACGAACUCCAGACCUCUCCCACCAAGGCUUUGAGCAGGAUGGAGGUGCCAGUUCUCCGCGCGUGUCUGAGGUGUCGCACGCUCAUCAUUCACCACGAGGGCUGCAAGUACCUGCAUUUGCUCGCGGACGUCAACGUAGCGCCUGGUCUUGCGGGAAUCAGCAUGAAUUCAAGGCAAAGAACAUACGAGCUUCAGACUUCUCCCACUAAGGUGCUAAGCAGGAUGGAGGUACCCGUUCUCCGUGCGUGCGUGAGUUGUCGCACGCUAAUCAUUCAUCAUGAGGGCUGCAAGUCCAUCACAUGCCAGUGCGGCACCUCCUUCUGCUUUGCGUGCCUGAGACCAUUGGAUGUGUGCGGCACUGACCAUUGCGGGCCCUAUUCGAAGCCCAUUCAGCGCAGCGUCGGCUUUACCGUCAAGGCUUCCGCAUCUGCCGCUUGCGUCGCCCCUGCUCCCUCUUCCGAUAGCCAAGUCGCGCCGCGAUUCGUGCCGCUAGGAGCGGACGGCAAGCCUGGCCUAGCGUCCAUCCAAGACCUCGUAGAGGAGGUGACGUCAUCAUCGUCAGCUGCGCACUCGACGCACUGGCCUGGGCUGGUUACGUCGCUCUCUGGUUCUGCUCCGGGGGUAUGGCGCGUAGGGACGGAUUCAGGCGCCGAGCUUGUAAAUACGACGUUGCUAAGCAUGCCGAAGCUGACUGCUCUUCCCAAUGGCGGCGUCAGGAUGCACGAUCCCGCGGCUUUCCGCCAAGUGCGGUCCGCCAUUGAGAUUGGCCGAGAUCCGGAUGCUCUGUUGUCGGACGACGAUUGGUUGAGAUAUGCGCAGAAGAAACAUUCGGUAUUCUACGACCCGCUGGUGAAGCUGGCGUUUCAAGUGGCUGCUGACGCUCACCAAGGCCAGUUCCGCAAGAGCGGCCAGCCAGUCCUUUCCCACUGCGUGGAGACCGCACUCAUCCUCGCUGGCAUCGGCGCCGAUAAGGUCGUCGUUGCUGCGGGUCUGCUGCACGACGUCAUCGACGACACUGCUACGUCGGAGCAGGACCUGCGCGACAUCUUCGGCGACGAGAUCGCGUCGCUCGUCGCCGGCGUCAGCAAGCUGAGCCUCGUCUCGCAGCUGACGCGCGACAGCUCGCGAAAGCUCACCUCGUGCGAAAUCGACAACCUUCGCACGAUGUUCGUCGCGAUGGCGGACGUGCGCGUGGUCCUCGUGAAGCUCGCGGACCGCAUGCACUGCCUGCGCACCAUCGAAGCGCUCCCCGCGCAAACGCAGCAGCGCAUCUCCCGCGAGACGCUGGACGUGUUCGCGCCGUUGGCGAACCGGCUGGGCAUCUGGUCGUGGAAGGCGGAGAUCGAAGACGCGUGCUUCCGCUGCCUGCACCCGCGCGAGCACGCGGACCUGCUCGCGCAGCUCGACCGCACCAGCAGCGGCGGAGGCGGCGGCGCCGGCGCGAGCUGCAGCAGCGGCAGCGGGUUUAAAGGCAGGAGUGCUGGCAGUAGGAGUGGGGGUGUGGCGGAGGAGGGCGGUGCGGGGAGCGGCGGGGGCGGAGAGGCGAGCGUGAUGGCGGCGAUCCGACGGUUGAGCGCGGCGCUGGAGGAGAAGGGGGUGCAGUUCGAGGACCUGAGCGGGCGGCCGAAGAACCUCUACAGCAUCUUCAACAAGAUGACCAAGAAGGGGCGGUCACUGCACGAGAUCAUGGACGUGCGCGGGCUGCGCCUGAUCGCGACGGACGAAGCCGCGUGCUACGACGCGCUGGCCGUCGUGCACUCGCUGUGGGCGCCCUGGGCGGGCCGGCACCUCAAGGACUACGUGCGCGCGCCUAAGCCCAAUGGCUACCAGUCUAUCCACUCGGUGGUGUGCGGUGACGAUGGGUUGCCGCUGGAGGUGCAGAUCCGCACGCCCGCCAUGCACCACCAGGCGGAGUUUGGCGUGGCGGCGCACUGGCGGUAUAAGGAAGCGGGGUUCCGUGACAAUAACAGGGAUAAAGCACUCGGGAAAGAAAAGAGUAGCGGCAGUAGUAGAAAACAGGAGGGUAAAGGGUCCGCCUCCUCUGAAUCAUCCUCCACCUCCUCAGGGCCGUCGCCAGCGGUGCUGGCGAAGAUAGAAUGGGUGCGGUACGUUCUGUCGUGGUACAGUGAGAUGAGCGACACCAAGCUGCGCCUCUCCCCGCCCUCCAAGCGCCUGUCGCCCUCGUCUCUCUACCUCGCCAGCAUGGCCGCCAUGGGAUGCGGCGCCCCCGCCACCGCCGCCACUGCCACUACCUCCUCCCCCUCCUGCUCCCCCUGCUCCUCCCCCUCCUGCUCCACGCCAGCCUCCUGCUCCCCUGCGGUUUCAUAUCCGUCUCACUGCAUGGGUGCUGGCGCGUGUGGGAGUGCCACUGCUGGUGGUGCAUGCGGCACUGACUGUGACGAAGCUGCUUCUUCCUCUGAGCUGCAUGAGCGGUGCCCCUUCCCAGAGCACCUGGAGUCGUGCCGCUUCCGCACCUUCCCCUUCAGCACCUCGCCAACAAGCCCAUUGCCUCAAGGGGAUGCGUUUGCAGCGGCGGGUGCACCGUUUUCGAGCGCGCCUGUGCCGCCGCCAGCAGCAGCGAUGGAGGACGAGGAGAUCUAUGUGCUGGUCAUGGAUGGCGAUAGUAUAUCCGUCCGGGAGGUCCCUGCCACGACCACAGUCGCAGCAUUCCUAGAGCAGCAUGCGGAGGAAAGCUCGUCGGACGGCUCUUCACAUGAGAAGCCCGAGAAGCUCAACGAAGGGGGCUCACCGGAUACACUCCUCCUGCGGGAGUUGUGGCAGAAGCAGGACGAGCUGCGCCUGACUCACCCCCACCAGAAACAGGGAGAGCAGCAAGCAGGAGCUGGCAGGGGGGGGCGAAUGUUGCUGCGAGUCAACUCGGAGGUGGUAGGGGAGGGCGAGGCUGCCAAGGAUGAUGAGGAUUGGCUUGUGGUGGCGCAUGGGCAUAGCAAUACCAGCAGCAGCAGCAAGAGCAGAUUGGGAGGGGCGCUGACACCAGGGGUCAUGGCGGGUUCCUGGUGCUUGUGA